GAUAGCAUUAGAGAGAGAUGAUGAGUGUGAGAUGAGAAAGAGAGAGAUGGGAUGGAGGAAAAGAGAAAAGAGAAGCAGCUGGAGAGGAGAAGUUGGUCUCUUUGCAGCACCAAAGCUCUUAAAGCCCCGAAGCUGUGUGGAGUGUAAAUGGGAGGGGAGAGAGAGAGAGAGAGAGAGAGAGAGAGAUAGAUAGAUAGAUAGAUAGAUAGAUAGAUAGAUAGAUGGAGGUAGAGAAGGAGAGAGCAAGAGGUAGAGGGAGGCUGAAUUGAGGAGAAGAAAAGCUAGAAGGGAGAGAGAGUGAAAGGGAGAAGAGGAGGAGGAGGAGGGUUUGCGUUGGUGUGUUGGUUGGCAGAGAGAGCGCUUGUCAAAAAAACCUUCCUCUGACAGAAGGCAUGAUUCACAGUGGAGGGAGAGGGAGAGAAAGAGGGGGAGAGAGAGAGGGAGAGAGAGGGAGACAAGCAUCAGAAAAAGCGAAAAACGGCAGAGAUAGAGAGAGAAACGACAGGGGCAGAGAUGCCGACAGACGAUGGUAAUCAGCAAACACAGCCAAAAUGAAUGGAGAAGUUCCGACUGGAUUCAGUCCUGCAUCUGCUGUGCUUGGCCUUUCUGUCGCUUUGUGUCUGACUGACUAACGCUCCACUGGAUAAAGACUUAAUUGACUCUGAACAGACAACCAGAACAAUAAACAACGGGAAUAAAGACAAAUGCUGACAUGUUGGGAAGAGAAGAGGAGAAAAGAUGAGCUAAGAUCAGUGCCCCUGUGGACAAAAAAACUGGACUUGUCUUGUAUUCUAAUAUUUUUCUUCAAAAUCUUGUUGGAAUAUUUCACGAAGUAGGAUUCUAUCAGCAAUUUCAUUUGGAUGUUAUCUUGUUCACAUUGUUUUCAUAUCAUGGAGCUUUUUACAAGCUGAUUUUGUUUUUGCAGCAAUGCCGUACUUUGAUGACAAGAUUGCUCUGACCUGAAACGGAGGGAAUAUGCUUCAGUAUUUUAUCAUAAAAGAAGAAGCAAAAAUGUUGAAUUUGCCAUUUUUUUGUUUCAUUUAUUUCACCAUGGCCUUCUCAAAGCCAGCUGCCAUGCAUUUUGCACAUUCUGAAGUUGAUUUUGCAAGCAAAAUUUUUCAGAGUUAGUUUAAUAAACAAAUUCACAAUUCACCCUUCAAGCUUCAAACGUGCCUCCUCCCAACCCCUCCCACCGUCAGCCAUCCGACCAAUCAUGGGCAAGCCUCUUAGCCGUCCCGGGUGUUUCAGGAAGAGCUCCUGCUGCCUGGAGAAGCAUGGAGCUGGGGAUGGGGGAAUGGGAGGACGAGGUGGGGGAGUGGAUGGGGGAUACGGAGACGGCUACGUACCCCAGCGAUCCAUCUACGAUACCAUGUGCAUCAAUCAACAGAUUGACAGUCAUCACCAUCACCCUGGAGGGUCCAUAAGGCGAGACGGUGGAGGUGAGGGGAGUUUUAGCUACUCUGCAAGCGGCUCCCUGAGGGUUAGCAGGUCUCCAGCUGACAUGUUUGAUUCGCAGCCCCGCUCUCUAACUCCAAACCCCUCGUUUGUUCGGCGACUGGAUGAAAGAGCCAUCUAUGAUUCAUUGAAGCUUGGGGGUCAGGAUGGUGAUGGUAGCGGCUGCCAUUCCCCAGGAUGUUUUAAUCGAUCAGUUUCUCCCUCUGUGUCAUCAUUCUCAGCACCAGGAGUGUCCUCCUCCUCAUCCAAGAAACAUCACCAUCACCCACACCAUCACCAUGGAGACAGUACAAAGAGCAGAGAUGGCCGACAUUCCUGGAAAGUCUUGACACCUCCAAAACACCUGGAGUGUUUGGAGCUUACUACAACCGAAAUGAUGGACAGAGGAGGGGGGUAUCUUAACCCUGGGCACUACCCUCCCCAGGGGGGCCAGUCCUCCUCCCUUACCUCUCCUCUCAUUUCCCCCUUCUCUGGCUCACCUCUCUCCUCGGGCUACCAUACUCCGGUCUUUUUCUCCCCUGCCAAACCUCGCCCCAGUCAGUCUCAGAGUCUGCGUUGUUCCCCUCCCCACGUCAUCCAGCCGAGGCAUUACUCCCAAACCCAGAGCCUCAGGAUGUCACCACCUCAUGAGCUUAGACGAUCCCCCUACCGUGCCCCACUGGUCCAACUGUCCGCUCAUGACCUCGAGCAGGACAUGAGGGAUCGAGGAGGAGGAUGGGGCCGGAGUGAGCGAGAAAGGGAGUGGGAGAGGGAGAGAGAAAGGGAGAUGGAGCGAGGGUGGGCCCAGCGAGAAUGGGAAAGAGAGAGGGAGAGAGGGAGGUUGGAGAGGGAGAGGGCGAGAGAGAGGGAGAGGAGGGAGACAUCAACUUUUGGAACCUUUGGGUAUGGUAGACCAGUUCCUCUGCGUUCAGACCGAGACUCAGUGUUUUUAGAAUCCGACCAUGUUCUAGACACCACGCCCCUGUUGCUCCCUCAGCCCUCACCUUCACCCUCCCCCAGUGCUGCCCCCAGGAUGGGCACAGGUGCUGUGGGUAGGAAUAGAGCUGGGUCAAAGGUUGGCCCCGAAGGUGUAGGUGGGGGUAUGGUUUCAAAGUUUGACAAUGGAGGUGUGGGACUGGUGUUAGUUGACAGCAAAACUGGGUGUGGGCCAACUUUUGUAGGUGAAGUUGGAAACAUGUCUGAGGCUGAAAUCAGAGCUGGAAUGCAAGAACUCCAUAGAGCUGAAAGUUGGAACAAAUAUCACAACGGAUCCAGGGCUAGCAUUAAAAAUGGGUCUGAAACAAGAAUGGGCUCUCAGGUGAAAACACGACCAGGGGGACGGGAUCUAGAAGGGAAAGUGCAGUCUGGGGUGGAGAUAGAACAUAUGGCUCCAGCUGUGAACAAGGAGGGACACAGGGGAGGGUCAAGAAGUGGAGAAAAAAGUGGAAGGGCUAAACCAGAACCUAUUACUGAGACUGUAACUUCGACUGUGACUGACAAUGACAACAGGGUUGGGCUUGAGGAUGAAGUUGAGAUUGGAGGUGGACCCCCUCCAGAGAUGAAGCCAGAGAUUGAGGCAGGGAUUGAAGCUAAAUCUAGUUCAAAGCAGGUGGAAAACAAGACUGUAACAGAAGUUGGAGAUGGAGCUACAGUUAACAAUGAGGUUUGCUUGGUUGAAGAGUCCAGAGUAGAAGCUAAAGUUGAGACAGAGGUUAAGAUUGCACCUACAUCUGAGCCUGAGCCAGUACUAGAGGCUGAGGUUAGUAAUGAGACAGUGACUAAAAUUAACACUGAGACUGGGGUUGUCAGUGAAACCCAGAACAGCAACAACGCUACAGAUAAAGCUCAGAUAAGUGUUGUGACUGGGGAUAAAACUGAUACUGCUCUUGCAGAUCAGGCUGAUAAAAAGCCUUUAGACAUCGAUAAAAUUGUAUUCAGCCAUGUAGAGAAAAGUUCCAGGUCCCACAAGUCCAAAUCAUCCAAGUCCAGUUCCAGGACUCGACCUGGCACAGCCACAGGGCUCAGACCAGGUGUGGUCAGUCCUCGACUUAGCAGAGGACUUGGAGACCUUGAGUCAACAGGCCCCGCUGAGGGCAUUGAGUCCACCUGGCCUCGCCGAAUCAUUGUUAGGAAGAGGACUGUUCGACAGGGUGGGGCACUCCACAACCUCCCUAUUCUCCCCCCACUCCCCUCUGUCCUCUCAGCAUUGGAAAAGAGGCGCCCACAUGCCCACCUCCACCCCCGUCAAGGCCACUACUCAGAGAACCCGCUAACAACCAUUAUGAAUUCUAUAAGUAUUGUGGGACGAUGCUCACUUAAAGAGCCCUCCCAUGCAGAUCCAGGACUGGGGACCGGUUUGGUGGGCAGGGCUUCCCUGAAGGAGCAAAACUUGGAGCACUGGAGAGUCUGCAGAGAGCAGGAGGAACCCAGGAGAUCCAGGAGCAAGGAGAAGCAAGGAGAGCAGAGUAAGGAGAAGACGGAGGAGAAGAAGGGGAAGGAAGAGAAGCGAGAUAAAGUGCGUAGAGAAGAGAAAGACAAAAGAGUGGAGAAUGUGAUUAAGGAGAAUGAGAGAGUUAUUGUCAGUGAGGGUCUGGUAGAGGAAACCAAACGAGAAAAGUCAGAGAGAAGAGUUGAAGGGAAAACGCAAGAGGAUGGAAACAUAAAGGAAGAUGUGAAAAAGGAAAGGAGUGUAGAAAUAAUCUGUGAAAAAGUAGAGGAUAGAGGAAUGAAGAUAAAGGAUGGAAUACAGGAGCAGCAUGGACAAGAGAUGGAGGAGGUGGUGGCUAAAUCAAAGAAAGAAGAAGAUGAAGUGGAGGGAGGAGAAGGAGGCACAUUUGGAGAGGAAGGCGGGAUAGAGAGUUGGGAUGCUGUCCUUGACAUGGUCAACACGUUGUGGGAGGAUGGCUGGGAGAAAGGGGGAGCAGGAGGAGGUGGUGAUACUGAUUCCCUCUCGGGCUCCCUGCAACGUUGGCCUCUUCUCCGACCCCCAGUUGGCUUUGGGGGCUCACACCCACCCUCCUCGGCAGCCUCAGAACUCAGCCUGACAGAGCUGGAAAGGAGAGCCAGGGAGCUGGACUCUGACCUGGAGCAUCUAGACCUGUCUCAGCCCCACAGGGACACCCAGGAUGUAUACCAAUCACUGCUGGAGCCGCAGAGGGAACGAGCAGACAUGUACCAAACACACCCUGGGCCACAGAGAGAGAAAGCUGCAGUCAUGACAGGUGUGGGGAGCAGAUCCCAGGUCAGUUUGGAGCUCAGUGCUAUGGCCUCACCAGCUACAGACACAGACAGACAUCCUGCUGACUGGUCAACCAAAUCGACUGGGACUUCCAAUGUUGGCACAAGCUCCACUAAGGAGGACAGCUCUCCAGACUCCAACCUUACGCUGGAGUCCGAUUCCAGUGGUGUCUUCCUCUCCUUAUCCAAUCAGAGCCAGGAAGAAGCCAGCUCUGACAGCGACCAGCCAGUCAGUGGUUCUGACCUAGGCAGCAGCAGCACGUCACUGGAGAAAGACGGGGACGAUGGAGGGUUAAAGGAAUGGGGGAGGGAGGAGAGUGCAGAGCUCCAGUGGUGCUACCCUUCACUCCUUAACACCUCUAUGAAUGAAGACAUAGAAGGAGAUAGUGGAAGAGAGGAAGCAGGGCAUGGAAAGAUGGAGAAAGAUGAAGUGAGAGGCAAAGAUGAGAGUGAGAGAAGGGUUGGUAAAAUAGGUACAGUCUCAGUCAUAAAGACCCAAUUCAACCAUACACCUAUUGACAGCUCCACAACUUUUAAUGCCCCACAAAGUGAAGAGUUACCACCCAGGAAAAAAGUGACCCUCAUGGGAGGUGACAUCCCUCUUCCUCUGUCUCCCUCCAAACAACCAAUCAAACACCUCCUAGAUCCUAAUCAGAAGCCAAUCAGAACCUCAGGACUGGACUGUGGUGAUAUAGAUCCCUUUGUCCAAUCGGACAGCUUUGUUUACCUUGCCGUGUCUGCAAGACCUGGCUCCCAGGGUGAAGUCACCUCAUUGACAGAAGUUCCCACCCCUGGUAUAAAACAAGUCAGUGUACCACAACAUUUGGAUAGCUUGAAAACACACUUGGACCAAUCCAAUACAGAACAGACCGCCAAGCUGACUCAUCUUGCCCCACAGAAACCAGAGGAAGGAGACUUUCUUUGCACUGACAGCUUUGUCUACCUGGCUGCUCCAGCCUGCCUCCUAUUGGGCCCUGCAGGAAGUGCACCCUACAGUGGAAGGGAGUCGGACUCAGAGAGUUCAGGAUCAGGCCCUGUUGAUCUUUCGGUACUGGGCUGUGACUCUGUGGCAGGGGACAGUGACUGGGAUUCAGACCUAUCAGACUCUGAUCCCAGUCGCUCCUCCAGAAUCUCUGCUGCUGGUAGCAAAUCUUCCGGUGCAUCACGGGCUAAGCGGAUGCCUGCUGAACCAGGCUGGGACUUGUUUGGAGAAACCACUGAGCCUGAAGUGCUGAGUGAGCUCUUCACAGAACAGGAUAAAAACCACAAUGGCAAAGCGAGGAAGGUUACCGGGGUCUCCACCAGCCUGGCAGAUACAUCAGCCAUUCCCAUGGCGACUCAGCCUGUCACUACACCAGUGCAACGGUCAACAACAGUAGACCCAUCGUCAGCAUCCAAGAGGGUGACGUGGCAGUUUAAACCAGCCCAGAGGUCAGUCUGCACAGGAAGCAGGAAGGAGAAGGAAAGGGAGAGGGAAUUGGCAUCAUCAUCAUCGGUAAGCUUCAUGGAACUGGGAGGAGGCGAGACCUAUAGACCCUCCCCUUCAUCUUCAUCUUCUUCAUCAUCGUCACCAUCCUCAUCUUCUUCUGGUUGAUUUGUGGAGGUAAUGGUAUUGGAAGAAGUUCUAAUUGCCUCUGAAGUUCAUUGCCAAAAGGUAGAAAAGAUCUUCAACUUGUUCUGUAGAUACUCACGGCUGGAACAAGUGCUGAUUUUUUGCCUGUAAAUUUUGAAUUUCGCAUCUAGCUGCUGCCAUUGCCUUCUUAUGACCUUCUAAAGGCUGCAUAAAAGACUAGUUAAUUGUUGCAUUUUCUUAGAUUAGCCUUCACAAUUCCAUAUAUGUAUAAUCAUUUUAAAUUUGAGACAGGGUGAGACUCAGGCUAUACAGAAACCUUCAGGUUGAGAUUAUGUGGAAAUACGGCCACUGAUAGAACUCUUAGGUAAGAUGUAUACAGUGUCAUUCCUAAUGGGUUUUAUCAAUAGUCAGAUUUUGAAACACAGGGUUGAUUUAUUCAUUACAGCUUCACAUUAUUAUUUCUCUAAAUAAGAAACAUGAAUAGUUCUAUGGGUUUUUUAUUCUACUGAAUGUACUGUACAGGAUAAACACAACUACAAGGUAAAUCCACCAUAAACAUAUUCAUAUAUGAGGCAUUCUCAAUGAUUUGGCUUGGUCACCUAUUUUCAAAGUUACUGCAAUGUUUCAAAUUCAGAUACAAUAAUACAAACAAAUGGUUACAGUUGGAGAAAACAAUCUGUUGGGCUCUAUAAUUAUGUUAUCCAUUGAUAAAGAUCUAACAAUGUAAAUGUGUCUCAGGCCUUAUAUCAAAUUACACUUCCUUCCCCAUGUAAUGCCUCACUUUAACUCCUGCUCUUACUACUUCAGAUAUAAAUAUACUGUACUUUAAAAACUGACUUUUAAAAACUGACAGGUCAAACUUUACAGUGUACAAUGUAUUUUAUAA